UGCAUAAAAUGUUUUAACUUUUAACUAGCAACACUGACCGGGCUGCUGUCUUUUUGUAAAAAACUGUGGUCGCAAAGAAUUUCUGUGACAUGGCUGGAAAUACUGCUGAAGAAGUGGAGGGAUCAGCGGGUACUGAGACCAAAAAUGUCAACAAUGCAGAGAUUCCCCCCGAGUUCUUGAUCAAGCAUCCAUUGCAAAACACGUGGAGCCUUUGGUUUUACGAUAACGACAGAACAAAAACAUGGGAAGAAAACCAGAUUGAAUUAACUACCUUUGACACAGUAGAGGAUUUCUGGAGGCUCUACCAUCACAUUAAAGCGCCGUCUGAGCUGAGACAAGGCCAUGAUUAUGCGGUGUUCAAGAAGGGAAUUCGCCCCAUGUGGGAAGAUGAUGCAAACAAAAUGGGGGGCCGAUGGCUUAUCAGUCUUGAGAAGAGACAGCGCAACUCUGACCUUGACCGAUUUUGGUUAGAUGUUGUACUCCUUUUAAUUGGUGAGAAUUUUGAACAUCCUGAAGAAAUCUGUGGUGCUGUUGUGAAUGUCAGACCAAAAUUAGAUAAAAUUGGUGUCUGGACGGCUGAUACAUCAAAACAACAUGCAGUGCUAGAUAUUGGAAGGAAACUAAAGGAGCAGCUAGGGAUUCAUGGCAAAAUAGGCUUCCAAGUGCAUAGAGACACCAUGGUCAAACACUCUUCCUCCACCAAGAACCUUUACACCGUCUAGCAUCCGAUACUUUUCCAUAACCCAGCUUUGGUCAAUAACUCCCUCAGUGUGCAGAACAGUUACAUAGUAUAUGUGGAAAGGAAUGGAGUGAUCGUACCAAUGCUGUGUUGGAAAUAAUGUUUUCACAACAGAAGUAGUAUUUACGUUGAUGUUUCACGUUUCUCAUUUAAAGAGAGUUUAUUUGAUGGCUCACUGUACGAGUGAGUGAAGGCUGAUGUUUGUACUAAACUGUUUGGUGUGGUUGUUGAUGUCAAAGUUCACGCUGGUAUUUAUCAAUGUUUAGACAAGCUUAAACCUUAAGGAGUUAUAAGUACAUGGAAUUUACGUAAUAGAUUUUUACAAAGAUUUCAAGAGUUCACUCUUUCGGUUUAUUCAUGUUUUUCGUAUCUUUUUAUUGAACAUCAUUAGGUAUCUGUAGGUUGUAUGAUAAUUGAAAGUAUAGGUUGGUCAUGCAAUAUGAAACAUGUUUGUAUCGCGUGACUAACGAAUAUGCGUUAUUGAUGUGCUCGAUGUUUAAAUUAGGUAAUAAUACCUAUGAUUUAAUAAAAAGAUUGUUGCAGCAAUGUUUUGUCUUUAUAAUAACAUUGUCGAAUACUGGAGUGACUGUAUAAUAGAUAUAAGUUUGUAUUUACUCAUUAAGGGCUAACGCCAAAUUAGCAUGUUGCAAGUAAAUUUUGAAUAUUUAUACGAUUAAUGUACACUAAGUUUCAUUUCACGCACCCGCUAUUUUGUUAUUAACUCUCGGUACUAAGAAAUCUGUCGCCCUGCAUAGUUUAAAAUUGUUUUGUGUCCGAUAGAUUAUAUU